UGGUCUGCGGUCCAUUGGUCCACUCGCAGCCAGCUUUGGAGGGAACGAAACGCAAGCGCACCAUGGACCAAGGAGAAUACAGGCAGAGAGGCAAAGAAAUGGUGGACUACAUCUGCCAGUACCUGACCAAUGUGAGGGAGAGGCGAGUGUCUCCCGAUGUCCAGCCAGGCUACAUGAGAGACCAGUUACCGGACGGAGCCCCUUUAGAGCCAGACAGCUGGGACAACAUCUUCCAAGACAUUGAGAAGAUCAUUAUGCCUGGGGUGGUCCACUGGCAGAGUCCACAUAUGCACGCCUACUUCCCAGCUCUCACAUCCUGGCCUUCGCUGCUGGGGGACAUGCUGGCAGAUGCAAUCAAUUGCUUGGGAUUCACUUGGGCAUCCAGCCCAGCUUGCACAGAACUGGAAAUGAACAUGAUGGACUGGCUGGCGAAAAUGAUGGGUCUCCCAGAUGGCUUUUUGCACUAUCAUCCAAACAGCAAAGGUGGAGGCAUAUUACAGAGUACUGUCAGUGAAUCAACGCUGAUUGCUCUCCUUGCAGCAAGAAAGAAUAAAAUCCUGGAAAUGAAAGUUUCCGAACCAGAUACAGAUGACUCCGUUCUAAACUCUCGCCUUAUUGCUUACACUUCGGAUCAGGCCCACUCCUCUGUAGAAAAGGCUGGCUUGAUUUCCCUCGUGAAAAUGAGGUUUCUGCCUGUAGAUGAAGAUUUCUCCUUGAGAGGCGAAACCCUGAGAAAAGCCAUUGAAGAGGACAGAAGUCAUGGACUGGUGCCCAUCUUUGUUUGCGCCACUCUGGGCACAACUGGCAUCUGUGCUUUUGACAACCUUUCAGAACUCGGUCCCAUAUGCGCUAAAGAAGGACUCUGGCUUCACGUCGACGCUGCGUAUGCUGGGACAGCGUUCCUGUGUCCAGAAUUCCGGUCGUUUCUGAGCGGGAUCGAGCAUGCCGAUUCCUUCACGUUCAAUCCUUCCAAAUGGAUGAUGGUUCACUUUGAUUGCACUGCAUUCUGGGUCAAAGACAAAUACAAGUUGCAGCAAACAUUUAGUGUCAAUCCCAUCUACCUCAGACAUCCCAAUUCAGGAUCAGCAACUGAUUUCAUGCACUGGCAAAUCCCACUCAGCCGACGGUUUCGUUCUCUGAAGCUCUGGUUUGUGAUCCGCUCCUUUGGGAUGAAAAAGCUUCAGGACCAUGUCAGACAUGGCACAGAGAUGGCCAAGUAUUUUGAGUCUCUGGUCCGAAGUGACCCCCUGUUUGAGAUCCCCGCCAAGAGACAUCUCGGACUAGUUGUGUUUCGUUUAAAGGGUCCCAACUGGAUGACAGAAAAAGUCUUAAAAGAGCUGAACAAAUCAGGAAAGCUCUUUGUCAUCCCAGCCACCAUUCGAGACAAGUUCAUCAUCCGCUUCACGGUCACGUCUCAGUUCACAACCCGAGAGGAUAUCCUACGGGACUGGACCCUCAUCCAACAGGCUGCAGCUCAAGUCCUUAACCAGCUCCAGACACCACAAACUUCCAUCUCAGAAGGGGCCCGAGUCCCUGCCAUGAUAACCGGCCCCAGUCAUAAAUCCGUGAGUGCGGCUUUCCCAUUUUUCCCAGAGAAGAGAGAUUGCAAAAUGCCCCCAAGGAGAGUAACAGCACAACCUCGGAGAGGGUCGCUUAGUUCUGCUCAGUGGUUGUUCCGUGAACAUAUGCCAGCGGUCGACGAUCCUCAUUUGGAUGACUGCUUCAUAGAAGAUGGCCCAGACACGGCCAACCACAAGCUGUCCUCACUAUGGAACUUCUCUGUGCACAACAAAAAGAAGACCGUCCGCUCUCUCAGCAUGCCAGCGCCUGACCAUUGGGAGCGAAGCUUUCCCAAGGCAGUGGCCUUAGAUUCUGGCAAGAGCAGGCCGUACACUGCUGAACACUUCCUUCCCAAGCUGCCUGAAGAGGUACUGAUGCUCAAGAAAAAUCUGAAGCUUUACAGCAUCCCGAGUUUUCCCGAAUGCACCAUUCAUUGCGGCCUCCAGUUGCCAUGUUGUCCACUGCAAGCCAUGGUCUAAUGCCUUAGCCUUUACGGCCUUCCCCAAGAAGACAAUAAUGAAA